GAAACCGGCAGAACCUAUCGGUAUUGGUGGCAACAUUGGAAGGUUUGAUAGAAAAAACUUGUCUUAUUGCUGUUUUUUGCAACUCGAUAAAGCAUUAAAGGCAUGCCAAAAGAAGCUUCCAAUUUAAACGUCUCGGAUGUAUAUUAAAUUUUAAAGAUAAGCCUUUUUGCAUAUUAUGUCAAAUACUGCUAACUCAAUCAACAUGCCAACAACACCAAGUGCCCAAGGAUCCGGAAAUCAAAAUACCGCAACCAGCCAACAAAUCGUUAACAAGUUCCGGGAGAUUAUUAAGGAUCCCAAGAGCCUGGAUGAGGCUGUUAACUAUAUGUACCAGACACUAGUAGAUGACGCAGUAGCCGGUAUUUUUAUUGAGACGCAUCACCUGCGCAAAACGGGAAACCUUUCGGCCCUAGACGGCGUGGCUGAAGACUCGACCUACCGCAUCUGCGAGAUGCCGAACCUGGAUAUAUUCGGAAUCUCAACUGCCAAAAAGCCUAUGGACUGCACGUGCCCCAACUGUGAUCGCCUCGUAGCCGCUGCGCGCUUCGCUCCGCAUUUGGAGAAGUGCAUGGGGAUGGGAAGAAUAUCAUCGCGAAUCGCCUCCCGCCGCCUUGCUACCAAGGAGGGAUCUAGCACAUCCCAUCUCCAUUCGGGAGGCAAUACUGGAGGCACAGAUGAUGAAGACGACGUGGAUUGGUCAUCAGACAAACGCAAGAAGAAAUCGUCUCAGAGCUCCCGCAACAAUGGCUCCAAAAAGAACAACGGGAAAACGUUUUAAUUAAGAUUUAAUUGUAAUUUUGAUAUUGUCAUAGUAAAUGAUUUUCAAAUCUAUUAUAUUCUCUACAAGAAAUUCUUUUUAUUUAAAA